UAAUUUCUCCUCUCAACGAGGUGAGAAAACCCGCGCGGCUAAAGACCCCGCGCCUUCUGCCGCCGCCGACCCAGUUCGCUCCGCCGCCCGAGCACUAAACCCUAAGCUAACAUGGGGAAUCUUCCCUGCCACGGAAGAUGACGACCAUGCGUUACGCAUAUACUGUCCAAAGAGCUUUCUCAUCCGCCUACGCCACAGCCGCAGCGACGGCUGCUUCUCCUUCCACUCGCAAUAUCCUAAAAUUAUCCGCCGAUCUCCCUUACAUCCUCUCCCGCCCUGACUGGCGAAACAACCUCUCUCUCGACCGCCUCGCCAAAUCUCUUACCCCUACUCUCCUCUCCCACCUACUCCUCUCCCUUCCCCUCAAACCUUCCGCUGCUGUUGCCUUCUUUGACUGGAUUGGCCAUCAACCAUCUUUCCAGCACACCGUCACGACCCACGCCGCCCUCCUUCGUUCGCUCCUUCGUUCCACGCUUCCUUCCCCUCUUGAAAAAUUCGCUAUCUCCACCAUUCGGUCUUGCCAUUGCCGGGACGAACUCCUCGCCGUACUCGACCUACUUCUCUUGGCCGCUGAACGCUCCUGCAGCAUCCGCUGCUUCAACAAUUUGCUAAUGGCGCUGCGAACUUUCUCCAUGAUUGAUGAAAUGGAAUCGGUUUUCGAAAUAAUUAGCAAAGGUGAGAUUUUUCCCAAUGUGCAUACCUACAAUACGAUGAUGAAUGCUUAUUGCAAGGUUGGCAAUCUUGCUCAGGCAAAUGUGUACUUCAAACAAUUACUACAUGCGGGAUUGAACCCUGAUACUUUUACUUAUACGUCAUUGAUCUUGGGCUGCUGUAAGGCUAAGAGCUUGGAGAGCGCCUGCUGGGUCUUUUUUAUGAUGCCAGAGAAGGGUUGCCCUAGGAAUGAGGUGUCAUACACAGUGAUAAUUCACGGGCUAUGUGAAGCCGGCAGGUUCACAGAGGCAUUAUCUUUGUUUUCUAGAAUGGAUGAUGAUGGGUGCCAGCCUGAUAUCCAUUCCUACACUGUCGUCAUUCAGUGCUUGCUCAAGAAUGGGAAGAUUGGAAAUGCUGAAUCAAUGAUGGAUGAAAUUACGAGGAAGGGUUUGGUUCUCAAUGUUGUUACUUACAAUGCCUUGAUUGACGGUUAUUGCAAGGCAGGGAGAGUUGCUUCUGCUUUUGGCGUAUUUGAAAUGAUGGAAUCGAAGGGAUGUAAGCCAGAUGUGCAGACUUACAGUGAGUUGAUUUGUGGUCUGUGUCAGGAGAGGAGAGUGCAUGAAGCUAUGAAUCUUUUGAGUAGGAUGCUCGAAACUGGUUUGUCUCCAAACGUUGUCACUUACACAACAUUGAUCCAGGGGCAAUGCAGGGAGGGCCAUUUUAGCUGUGCAUUUGAAUUGUUGGAUUUAAUGGAAGAGAAUGGCUUGGUUCCAAAUGAGCGGACGUGUUCAAUUUUGAUAGAUGCUCUUUGUAAAGGGGGAAAAAUUGAGGAAGCUAAGGAGUUCUUUAAUAAUAUUGUUAAAAAAGGCUUAAACGUGAACAAGGUGGUUUAUACCGCAUUGAUUGAUGGGCUGCACAAAGCAGGGAGGAUUGAUGAUGCUCAAUCUUCGCUGAAGGAGAUGCUAUCAAAAAAUUUUGUACCCGACCCCUUCAUCUAUAGUUUUUUGUUGGAUGUUUUGUUCAGAGAAAAUAAGAGAGAGGAGGCUAAGUCUAUCCUUAUUCAUAUGUUGAAGAUAAAAGUUAAACCUACAGCUGUUAGUUACACUAUUUUAAUUGAUUUGUUCUUGACUGAGGGAAAAUUUGAGGAUGCUAAAAUAAUUUUUGGUGAGAUGAUUUCUUCAGGAUGCAAGCCAGAUGCAUUCACUUAUACUGCAUUCAUUCACUCCUAUUUCAAUUGCAAGAUGUUAAAAGAAGCAGAGAAUAUGAUUAUGCGGAUGAAGAGAGAUGGAGUUCUUCCAAGUUUGGUUACAUACACUGCAGUGAUUGAUGGUUACAGAAGCAUUGGAUUGAUAGAUCAAGCUUUCUCUGCUCUCAAUGAGAUGAUGACAUCAGGAAUUGAGCCCAAUGAUAUAACUUUUUCUAUUUUAUUUAAGCUUAUGAUUGAAAAGAAACAAGCUUCUUUGAUUUCAUUUGGUUCUGAAGUCAUGUGGAAGGUAUUGGAGAUGGAUACUGUCGUAGAUCUUAUACAGGAGAUGCACAAAUAUGGUUGCAUUCCUAGCAUCAGUACCUACAAUACCCUCAUAAAUGGAUUUUGCAAAAUGGAUCGAUUGGAAGAAGCAAAGCUUUUAUUCAUCCAAAUGCAAGAAGUUGGAAAAUCACCUAAUAAAGAAACGUAUACUUCUUUAAUAAGCUGCUGUUGCAGGUUAAAACUAUAUAUUGAAGCAUCGGAGUUUAUGGAUUCCUUGAUUUCUUUAGUUGGUCCGCCACAUUUGGAAUCCUAUCAGCUUCUUAUUUCAGGACUCUGUAACGAAGGGAACUUUGAGAAGGCCAAACAAGUUUUUCAUGGUUUAUUUACGGGUGACUAUAAUUAUGAUGAAAUUACUUGGAGAAUAUUGAAAGGCACUCUAUUGGCACAGGGAUACAUUGAUUUUUGUUCUGAAAUAUUGUCAAUAAUGGAGGAGAAGAACUGUCUCCCGAGCAAUCUAACGUAUGCUAAGUUGCACCGAAUGCUGAAUUCUUCAGGGAUGUUUCUGUCGGAGGCACUGGAGAGAGAGGAUAAGUUGCAGAAUAAUUUUUCAUAGUUUGCUCUGACGUGAUGUUUGUACCCGUUGAUACGUGGGAUGCUAACCAGUGGACAUGCACUUUUGUGUAUAUACUAUACGUCUUGAUAAUUAUUUCUCCAUUUCAUCGCUGCACCUAACUAGGAAGAACCAUGCCCUGGUCAUUGAAGAUCUGAAAUGGUUCCAAAGAUCCAAACCACUGAAAAAAUUGCAUUUUUUUCUUUUAAUAACUCAGCAAUAGGCUGGCAUCAUUGUUUUUUAUGCAUUAUGGUGGAACGUAUGAACCUUGUAGCGUGGAUGAUAUGAGUAUUUCAAUAAGAGCAAAAUGAUUUCAGCACACCGUUUUAUGAAAGGAUAGGAGAAGGUUGUUGAUGAAAAUGGAUGGCUGCAUAUUGGAGAUAUUGGUUCAUGGUUACUUGGUGGACGUCUAAAAAGCAUUUAUAGAUAAGAUGAGGUGGAGCCUAAGAGUGAUGUUGAGGUCAUAGCAAUGCAGUUGUUGUUGUUGUUGUUGUAAUGAUGAUAAGUGAAGGUUGAUGCGAACUUACAGAUCUCUGGCUACUUGCAUAUUAUUAGCAGUUUGACACUUGGAUCUUAUUUGCCAAAAGGC